GAAAACCUGAUUUCGCACCAUCCAGCUGCCAUUGCCGAUCAGUCAUCCUACAAAACCCAUGGAUCCUCCACAUGGAAGCAGGCCAUCGAGGCCAUGCUUACUCCACCAUCCCCACCACCACCUCCACCAUCAUCACCACCACCACCCUUUAUUCCUCUGCCCUCUCCAUCACCGCCACCACCACCAGGUCCACCACUUUCACCAUCUCCGCACCAAUUUUGCGUCUUUUCCGCAAAACCCAGAACCCCCAGCUGCCGCCGCUACUCCUUUCCCAACCCAUUUGAAUUCAGAACCUUCUGAGCUCAAAGAAGCGUACUACGACGAUCCUACCGCUCAGACAUUGCCGGAGUACGGUGAGAUCGAUGAUGGUGGGUUGGAAGAGGAAGAGGAUGACGAGCCGGUUUUCGUCUUAACAGACGAGUGGAAGGAGUUUUUUGCAAAAUCCGAAGCUAAGAGAAAACUGGAGAAGCAGCAGGCCAAGAAGAAGGGAAAAGCUAGACAGAGUCAAGAGUGAUACGAAUUCAUACGUUGCCUUCGGUUACGAGUCUGUAACUUGUGAGUGGUUUGUUUUUUUUUUUUUUUUGGUAAUAUUGGCAGUGAUGAAACGUUGGAAGUAAUUUCUGUAGAAAAAUGUAUCAAUCACGCCGGAGAAAACCCUAAUGCGGCUCAAAACGUUCAUCGAAAUGUUGGAAAUGUUAGAUCGACUAAUGCACUCAACUUCUUGAAAACCCAUAAUAAGAAUCUUACAUGAUAGGUUACUUACAA